AUGAGGAUGGAGGUGGAGAAGAUAAAGGAAGAGUUGAGGGAGAGAGAGGAAAGAUGGAACAAGGAAAGAGAGGAAGUAAAGGGAAGAAUUGAAAAGUUGGAACGGGAAUUGGAAGAAUGGAAAUGGGAAAGAAAAGAGGGAAAGGAAAAGAGGAAAGGAACAUCAGAAAAAGAGGGAGGUGGAUUUAAGGGGGGUGUGAAAGGAGGUGAAGGAGACAUGAAGGAAAGAGUGGAGGGGAUACUAAAAGAGCUAGGAGUCGGUGUAGAAGGUAAAAUAGAUGAAGUAAGGAAAAUAAAGGCGGGCAGGAAGGAGAAAGGGGAGAUGGUAAUUGUAAGGAUGACGAGCGAAGAAGUUAAAAGGAGGAUUUUGGAGAGCAAAUGGAAGCUGAAAGGCAAAGAUGUAUGGAUAGAGGAAGAUCUAACUUGGGAAGAAAGGAGGAUUAGAUGGAAUGCCAGAAGAGUGGCAUUAGAGAGGGAAUGGAAGGGGAGGGGAAGAGAGGAUUCAGUUAUAGAUUACGUAUUGGGAAGCAUGAAGACAAGGGAGAAGAUAAGCGGAAUGAUGGUAGAGGACUGCGUAGACUCAGAUCACCACCCUUUCGUAGUGAAGAUUGCAAGAGCUAAGGGAGGGCGGGGGAAGAGUGAAGGGAGGAAUAGAAGAAUGAGCAGAUGGAUAUGGACAGAUGAAGGGAAAGAGGAAUUCAGGGAGGCGAUAGGGGAAUUACCAAGGAUGGAGGGGGAGGUAAGAGAAGUAUGGGAGGAAAUGAGAAGGCAGGUGAAAGAUAUUUUGGAAAAAGGCAACAAAAAGAGGAGGGAUAGAAUAAGAAGAGGAUGGUGGGAUGAGGAGUGUGAGGAAAAGAAAGGGAAAGGCGCUAAGGAGAUGGAGAAGAGCGGAGGGGUCUAG